AUGGUCACCGCGGGGGCAUCCGAGGGCGAGGGUGGCGAUUGGUUCUCGGACACAGUAGAGUUCUGGAAGGCGCUGGACGUCUGGAACGUCCCCAUCGAGGAGGACGAUGCGCCAGAGGCAGUGGCUUUGAAAGAGCAGAACGAGAAGAUCGAGCAGAUGCAGAAGGAGCAGGACGAGAUCGUGGCCAAGAAGUCGUACAUGCGCGGCAAGUCGGACGAGGCGCUCGGGUCGGAGCUGAACAAGAUGCCAAUCCUGGUCUACGAGUAUUACAAGAUGAAGGCCGGCAGAGUACUCAGCAAUGACAGGGUCAAGGCAGGUCUUGUCAGCUUCUUGACCUACGCCAAUGUCAUCUUCAUUGGCGUGGUGCUGCGCAGCUUGCUGCCACGGCUCAUCACGGUGACGUCCUUUGAUGACUUGCUCGAACUCGCGGGCGAAAUCGGAAUACCCAGCAAGAGCAACAUGAUCUCGGGCCUGAAUUAUUUGCAGGAGUACGAGUUCGUGCCGAAGUUUCUCGUGUUUACGCUGUGUUUCAUAUUUGAGAAGCUGACCCUGAUCUCUGAGGUCUUGCCGAUCCAGGUUGGCCUGAAGACGAUAUCGCCGAUUCUGUUUGGAGGACUGGUUCCGGGAGCUCUGAUCUCCGCCACGUGCGAAACGAUCGGGGCGACGGUCAAUUUCCUCAUCGGCCGGCAGUUCAUCACCAACGGCCUACAGGAAUUCGAGAUCUUCGGCGACAAGAAGCUGAAGAAGAACGCCUGGUUCAACCGACUGGAGGCAGCAGCCGAGAAGGACAGCUUCAAGCUCGUGCUGCUGCUCAGACUCGCGCGCAUCGUGCCGCUCCCGUUCGACUUCCAGUGGUACAUCCUCGGCGCGCUCCCGGUCCGCCUCCCGGAGUUCGUGGUGGCGCACUGGCUCGGCUGCCUGAAGACGGCCUUCCUGGACGCCUCGAUAGGGCUGGUGCUGCUCACCACCGCGGGCGUCGAGCUGGCGCAGGGCGGGGCCUCGCAGAACGUGAUCUAUGCGGAGUCCGCCGGCUUCACGGUCGUCGCGAUCUUGGUGCAGACGUUCGCCACGGGCCUCGUGAAGGACAUCCUGGGCCUCGACGACAAGAAGGGCGGCGACCCGCCGGGCAGCGGCGGCGAGGCUGCACGGGCCGAAGACGAGGAGGCCGUGCGCACGGCAGCGGCUGCGGCGGAGGCCGCUGCGGGCGAGGCAAGAAAGCAGAAGGCCAAGGAGCGCAUACCGCUGCGGCCGCAGCAGGCGGGGAGCAGCGGCGGCGAGACUUCAGAGGCCGAAGGCGAGGGGGCCGCGCGCACGGCGGCAGCUGCGGCGGAGGCCGCCGCGGGCGAGGCGAGGAAGCAGAAGGCCAAGGAGCGCAUACCGCUGCGGACAGGAGAGGCUCCCGCGGGGGACACGGCCUCGCCGAUGUCUUGA